AAAAUCCCCAACUAAACUCGAUGAAAAAGACAAUUUUUUCUCUUAAAAAGAAGAAAAAAAUUGAAUUUUUAUUUCUUUAAGAGAGAGAAAACCAGCAAGAAAGAGCGGGUUUUUUGUUGGGUGGUUGUGGAUUUAUCUGUGUAUUGAAACUGUCCUCUGUAUACUUUCUCUCUGCAAAAUUUUCUCACAGCCCUUUUGAAUUCUCUUCUUUUUGGUAUUUAAAAAAGUGAUCUUUUUGUACCCAUCUGUGAACUGCAACUACCCUUUUGGUGUCACAUUCUUUUGAUUACCAUUGGGUUCGAUUUGGUUCUACUUUUGAUUCUUUUUUGUCACUUGUAGCUUGAUCUGAUGAAAAAGUUGCAGUUUUGGUUGUGAAUUUGGUUCAAUUUUGGCAUUGUUUCAGUUUGGGGAAGAACAAUUUCUCUUACUGCAGUUACAAUUUUAUUAUAUAAAAAGGAAGAAAGAGGAAGUGAAGAACAUGGUUUGUCAUUGUUGGUUCAUAAAGUUGCCUAUCGUCAUUUCCUGGCCUUGAAUUUGUAGGGGUAUUUGGCAAUUUUCCUGAGAUUCGAGAUAGCAGUCUUUGAAUUCAAAAGGGUUGUGGCAGGUAACUGGUUGAAGAUAUAGAAGGGUGAAUUGGAGUUGAUCUGGUCAUUAGUGUGUGAAUUUUGAACUGUAGUUGAUUUGCGGAUCAAACAGUGGAUUUAUUGUUAUUCAGGCCAGGAAUUCGAAAGGGCUUGUGGGGUUUUCACCAAUCAGUACUGACGGAUUCGUCUUCAGAAAUUAAAGGUUGUGACUGUGUGGCUGGUCUGGAGUGCAUAUUCAACAUUAUCAGGGCCCUUAGAAUGGGGUCCUGCUUCUCUGCAGAAAGCAGGAGCCCCAUCCCUGGUUCACCCUCCUCUCCUGCUCUGGGGGUGAGGAGGAGGAAGGGAUCAAAGAAAAGACCGGGGUCAAGGAGCUCUUCCUUCUCAUAUAGGCGGGACGAUUCGAUUCAUAGGAUUCCUGGGAGGUUGUUCUUGAAUGGGUCAAGUGAGGUUGCUUCACUCUUUACCCAACAAGGCAAGAAGGGAACAAACCAAGAUGCCAUGAUUGUUUGGGAGAAUUUUGCAGCGAGGAGAGAUACAGUUUUUUGUGGCGUCUUUGAUGGCCAUGGUCCAUAUGGUCAUAUGGUUGCAAGGAGAGUGAGGGAUUCUCUUCCUCUAAAACUGAGCACGCAUUGGGAAGUCAAUAUUACUAGUGAGGAUGUACUCAGGGAGAUCAGUCUUAAUACUGCAGGCAGCCUAAAUUCUGAAGACACUCCCUUUGUAUCUGCUGAUGAAGAAUCUAGACCCUCCAUUGAUCUUGAGGAAGUGGAAAAGUCUCCUGUGAUCUUUCAGACAUUGAAGGAGUCAUUUCUGAAGGCUUUCAAAGUCAUGGAUAGAGAGCUGAAAAUGCAUGCAAAUAUUGAUUGCUUCUGCAGUGGGACCACGGCAGUAACCUUGGUCAAGCAGGGUCAAUAUCUUGUCAUUGGAAAUGUUGGUGACUCUAGAGCCAUACUUGGCACGAGGGACAAAGAUGACUCUCUGAUUGCAGUUCAAUUGACAGUAGAUCUUAAACCAAAUCUUCCAGCGGAAGCUGAAAGAAUACAGAAAUGUAGAGGGCGUGUGUUUGCUCUUCGUGAUGAGCCUGAGGUUGCUCGAGUUUGGCUGCCAAACAAUGACUCCCCUGGUCUUGCCAUGGCACGAGCUUUUGGAGAUUUUUGCCUCAAGGAGUUUGGCCUGAUAUCAGUGCCUGAUAUAUCCUGUCGACGCCUCACUGAUAAGGAUGAGUUCAUCGUGUUGGCGACAGAUGGGAUUUGGGAUGUUCUCUCAAACAAGGAAGUGGUCGAUAUUGUUGCUUCAGCCCCAACACGAGCCUCAGCAGCUCGAGCCCUGGUUGAGUCUGCAGUUCGAGUUUGGAGAUACAAGUAUCCGACUUCAAAAGUCGACGACUGUGCUGUGGUUUGCCUCUUCCUCGACUCAAACUCGAACAACAUAUCGACAUCAUCCAGUUUCAAGUCCAAAGAGCUACAAACUUCAAUGGAGCAUGUCAAGAAUGUAGCUGAGAAAGACAGUGAACCCACCACGCCAACCAAUCUGGACCGCUCAGGAACUGUCCGAAAUGGCUCUGAAAUUCCCCCAGAAGAAAUCCAAGAAGAUGAUCCCUCAAAGCAUGAUGACCAGCAGACUGAUUGGUCAGCUCUUGAAGGCGUGUCUCGAGUUAAUACCCUCUUGAAUCUCCCGAGAUUCACUCCAGGAAAGGAUGACAAUAAAGCUGCUGGUACUCAGAAAUGACAACAAGCAGGUUUAGUUAAUCCUUGAAUUUCAUAAUUAAUUUUUGUUUACUUUUCAUAUUGUUCAUGUUUAUGUUUUUUCUUCUACAUAAAAAAGGAAAAAAAAAUCUUAUUUAUAGGGCCAUUGAUGUUAAAUUUCGACCAGAGAGGUGGCCCCGACUAUAUUAGCAUGUCUGGGAAAUUAUCCUUUCUCUCUACUGUGGGCAGAAUCGGAAUUUUUGUAAAAUCCAACUCUCGGUCCAUUUUUUUUUGUUCGAUUUUGUUUUAUUUUUCCAUAUUUUUGUUCAUGUGUGAUUAUUUGAUACUGUUAAUAAUAAAAUUUGGUAUAAUUAAGUCUCCUUUCGGCUUUCA